UCCUGAAACGUCCACCGCGCCCCGCGCCGGAGAAUUAGACUACCAUACCCGGUAGGCCACGCGCGCAUCGGACAGGGAAGCCAGCCUGGGCCUCGAACAAAUCAAAUUGAAGGAAAGAAACUGCCGGCUUUCAAAAUCCUCCUCCUCCGCCAUCAUCCGCCGAGGUGCGCGGAGCAGGUGGUGCUGGGACGUGAGUACGAAGAAGCACCCCGAGCUCUGACAGACUGACAGAGUGGGCUCUGGGACCGCUGCACUCGGAGGUGGCGAGCGCCCGACCUGACCUGACCCGGACCCUAAAUCCGAUCCCGCCCGCCGGGCGAUCGCGUGCUCUCGGGUCGCCCCACGCGGCGGCGCCGCCUGCUUUACUGUAGUUUGUAGAUCUCCAAGGGAGCCCACCAGCGUGGCCAGCAUGGCUUCUGAAGACAUCGCCAAGCUGGCAGAGACACUGGCCAAAACCCAGGUGGCAGGAGGACAGCUGAGUUUCAAGGGCAAAAGCCUCAAACUCAACACUGCAGAAGAUGCCAAAGAGGUGAUUAAAGAGAUAGAAGACUUUGAUGGCUUAGAGGCUCUACGACUAGAAGGCAACACAGUAGGUGUGGAAGCAGCCAGGGUCAUCGCUAAAGCGUUGGAGAAGAAGCCAGAGUUGAAGCGAUGCCACUGGAGCGACAUGUUCACAGGGAGGCUGCGGUCGGAGAUCCCACCAGCUCUGAUCUCACUAGGGAAGGGACUCAUUACAGCUGGAGCCCAGCUGGUAGAGUUGGAUCUGAGUGACAACGCAUUUGGGCCUGAUGGCGUGCAAGGAUUUGAGGCCCUGCUCAAGAGUCCUGCCUGCUUCACCCUGCAUGAACUUAAGCUCAACAACUGUGGCAUGGGCAUUGGUGGUGGCAAGAUCCUGGCAGCAGCUCUGACUGAGUGUUACCGGAAGUCCAGUGCCCAAGGCAAGCCACUGGCCCUGAAGGUUUUUGUAGCUGGCAGAAACCGUCUGGAAAAUGAUGGAGCUACUGCCUUGGCAGAUGCUUUCGGGAUCAUUGGGACUCUGGAGGAGGUUCAUAUGCCACAAAAUGGCAUCAACCACCCUGGCAUCACUGCGCUUGCCCAGGCCUUCGCCAUCAACCCUCUGCUGCGGGUCAUCAAUCUGAAUGACAACACCUUCACCGAGAAGGGCGCUGUGGCCAUGGCCAAGACCCUGAAGGCCUUGCGGCAAGUGGAAGUGAUCAACUUUGGGGACUGCCUGGUGCGCUCCAAGGGCGCUGUUGCCAUUGCAGAAGCUGUCCGCCAGGGCCUGCCCAAGCUGAAGGAGCUGAACUUGUCAUUCUGUGAAAUCAAAAAAGAUGCUGCUCUGUCUGUUGCUGAGGCUGUGGUGGACAAGGCUGAGCUGGAGAAGCUGGACCUCAAUGGCAACACUCUGGGAGAAGAAUGUUGUGAGCAGCUGAAAGAGGUGCUAGAAGGCUGCAAUAUGGCCAAGGUGCUGGCGUCCCUCAGUGAUGAUGAGGGUGAGGAUGAUGAAGAGGAUGAGGAAGAGGAAGAAGAGGAGGAGGAAGAAGAAGAAGAUGAGGAGGAGGAGGAGGAUGAAGAGGAAGAAGAGGAGUCACAGCAGCAAGGGCAAGGAGAAGAGAUAAAGACACCAUCAAGGACAAUUCUGGACCCCAAUAGUGGGGAACCAGCUCCUGUGCUGUCCUCCCCGAUGCCUGCAGAUGUCUCCACCUUCCUGGCUUUUCCGUCCUCUGAGAAGCUGCUGCGCCUUGGACCCAAGAGCUCUGUGCUGAUCACCCAACAGACCGACACCUCUGACCCAGAGAUGGUGGUCUCCACCUUCUUGAAGAUUUCAUCUGUGUUCAAGGACGAAGCCACAGUGAGGACAGCAGUGCAUGAUGCAGUAGAUGCCUUGAUGAAGAAGGCCUUCAGCUCCUCUUCCUUCAACUCCAACGCUUUCCUCACCAGGCUUCUCAUCCACAUGGGUCUGCUUAAGAGUGAAGAUAAGAUCAAGGCGAUUACCAGCCUGUAUGGACCCCUGAUGGCGCUGAACCACAUGGUACAGCAGGACUACUUCCCCAAGGCUCUUGCACCACUGCUACUGGCAUUUGUGACCAAGCCCAACGGUGCCCUGGAGUCCUGCUCUUUUGCCCGCCACAACCUGCUGCAGACACUUUACAAGGUCUAGACUGGAAGCAGCCUGUACCCACCCCUCUGCCUGGACCAGUGACUUGGGAAGGGACCCAGGGGAAAGACUGGUCAGAGGCAGGGAGGGUCUGUGUCAAAUGUGUCGAGUUGGUCCCGAGUGUGUGUCCGUGUGGUGCGUGUGCAGGUGUGUACUUCCUCUUGGAUUUGGGUUUUUAAUGUCUCCCUGUCAGACUAGCCCAGGAAGGGAGCCUGGCCCCAGGCCAAAGGGCUGUGAGCUGCUCUGCCAUUAAACAUAACACCAUCUAAGGGCGCUCCUCAUCUGUGCCUCAGGCUUGACGACAUGGCUCUCCCCGCCCACCUGGCCUUCCUUACCCUCCUGGGCUGCACCAAAGUCUGGGGACUUGUGUCCACAUGCACUGCGCUCCCUCCACGUUGUGGCUGACUUGUGUUUUCAUGUUCUGCCUGAGCCUCUGUUUUCCUGUUGCCAAGCCCUUGUCCUGCAGCCACUGUGGCCUCUGCUGUCCAUCCCUUCUCUACCGACCUCUUGCCUGAGGAACAGAGACUGUCACAGGUGGGCUCAGCGGGAUGGUCAGCAGAGGGUGAGAUCCUGGUGCCCGGCCUGUGCAGACAGGAAGCCCGUGGACACUGAAGAGUCUUGAAGCUGGAGUUGGCUGAACUGUGCUGACUUUAGGCCCAGUGGGGCCUCUCCUGGCUGCUGAGAUGCCUGACAGGCUUGGGGGCUGAGCUGGAGGAGGCACCUUGGCAGGGCCAAACCUGUCCUCCAGCCUUGGGGUCAGGGGCAGAGCCCACGCAUGCCUGAGCUGCAUUUCAGGCACAUUUAAAGGACCUGGGAAAGGGGUGGGGUGGGGACUGGACUGGGCUGGAGUUGCCCUGGGACGACCUUAGCAGCCCUGAAAUGCCCUGUGCUUUCCCUUUGUGUUCUCUCUGUGUCUGGGCUGUGCCCAAGGCUUCAUAAAUAAAAGUCCUAUGUGGCAGUAGUGAGACCAACAAA